AAAGUCUGAGUCUUGUGAACGAGGAAUGUUGUUUUGUUCAGCGCUACCAAGAGCGCAGCAACCGAGAAAACACGGAGUCGCCGCUAGUGGCCAAAGUGAGGAUGCGAAACCGCUGGCUCGGCAAAAGAGCAGAGCCGCGGAAGAGAACGCUAGCGGUGGGGCACCAGUUCGCCUUCAGUGCUCACGGGAGAAGGCAAGUUAGAAAGAACCUGAGACGUGACACUGAAAAUCAGUAGAAGAAAUACGCCACAUUUAUUCUACCGGGGAAGUCAGUGGGUAAGAAAAAAAUACCGUAACAUUUAAAUUAAAAAAUAAUUAAAUUUUUUAAAGCAAAUAUAAAUGAAAACAAAAUACACCGAUAACCUCGCUGCCAGAACAAGAUACACCAAAAAAAAAAAAAAUUUGAGUAUGCAAAACAUACAAAGCAUCCUACAAAGAAAUUGCAAACAGUGUCGAAUGGUGCGAUCCUACCAUUAUAUUUGUUAGCACUAAACCCGUGCCUCUUGCGCCUAUCCGAAGUUUCCUCGGAUUAAGAAGAAACAGCCAUGGUUAAACCGGUAUUUGCGACAUCAACAAUUAUCUGUAGCCGACGUACCCCAACUUCUACAUGAGUGAAAAAUCGCCAGCAUAGCCAGGGCGAGACUAUUGCGAAUUCUAACUUGGUAUGAUUUAAAAAUUCCAGACACUGCUAAAUUCUUUUAAAUUGCAUUCUGCAGUACCUAGAUUAAUACAGGAGUUAUAAACCGCACGCAUGGCUAUAAUGGGGGUUCCUAUUACGGAACAGGAAUUUGCUGCUACUAAAAUUAUGUAGGCAUGGUUAAAGCCAGAAUUUUCACAACUAGAAAUCGCAAACUGGAAUAACUCUCAACUUGCUACGGUAAGAAAUAGCUAAACUCUGAAUUGGUCAGACUAAGAAAUCAGGAGUUUGAGACCAGCCCAGGCAACAUGGCGAAAGCCUGUCUCUAGGAAGGAUACAAAAAAUUACCCGGGCGUGGUGGCGCAUGCCUGUGGUCCCAGCUACCCCGGUGGCUGGGGUGGGAGGAUCGCUUCAGCCCGGGAGGCAGAGGUUGCAGUGAACCGAGAUCGCGGCACUGCACCCCAUCCUGGGCGACAGAGCCGGACCCCGUAUCAAGAAAGAAAGAGAAAAGAAAAAGAACCAAAGAAAAAGAAAAGAAGUCAUCAUCGCACAGUUAAGUCUGCCUUGCUACAGCUAAACAGUGACUUCCCUAGGACCAAGAAAUCGCAGCCAGGACUUGACCGAUGUUAGCCCUAAAUCGGGACUUGCUUAGGCUGAGAAAUCACUUUUUGGCUAGUGAUUUGGACAAGAGGUAGAAAUAGCAGGCACGCGAAAUCGAAACUUGCUAGGACCAAGAAGCCAACUACGCGCGAAACCGCAGAGGCCUGCGACAGAGACGCCAGCGGGGCCGCCAGGGGACUGGGUUCUGGAACCCAGUGCGUCGGCGCUCGCGGCGCUGUGAAGAGACUGCGCCCGCGCAGCUCCUCUGUCUCUGGCUAGGAGGAGCGGCGGGCUCCCCCGCCCAGCGCCGGCGUCGCCCGGGAACCCCAGACUCUGCGCAACUGGCUGCGACUCCAAAUCCCUCAGAUCGGCUACCAGAGCGCUGCCGCCACCGAGAAAAUGGAGGCACCGAGGAACAAGCUGUGCCGCGACCAAGAGAACUCGGCUUGGCGAAAUGGCGGUGCCAGGACCCUAAGAGUGACGCCAGCCGGAGGAGUUCCCAAGGACAACACCUAUUUUGGCGCAACCAACGGUGCUGUCAACGGAGAAAAUGUCGACCCUCGGAAAAGAGAGGUUCUGCGACCGAGAAAUUCGGUGCAACAAGUGCUGUGACAGAAAACCCCCCGGUCGGUGCUGCUGGCGAAAGAGCCAACAAAACGUUGGGUGCUGCCACCGUGACACCGACUUUAGGACACCGGCCUCGGAUGGAGAAAGGAGGGCACGGAGCCACCACAUAACUUCCUAAUGUCUCCAAAUAGCAAAAGUGCUAGCCGGAAACUGCCGGCUGGGUUUACCUAUUGGUGCUCGCGUGGGACCAGCAGAUUCGAGAAACCAGCGGGACUGGAACCUAGUACACUUCGGCAGUUGGGAAAUGACUUACCAGGACAAAUACUGCUUCUGGCUCGAUCGUGCUGCCCAUGAACAUCUGCCGGCUCUGAGAAACGAGCUGCACUGUCAGUGAGAAACCGUGGGCACUGAGAAACGAGCGGACUGCAAGUGAUAACUGUCCACCCAGUGCCACUACGACAAAGUGCUGCUGGCACUAAUGCCACCCUCCGUCCUCAAAUCAAUCCCCUCCCGCCUAAGAAGACCUUUAUUUUUCAUAGCGAAGUCAUACUGGGGGCCCCAUCAACCGACCCCUUGCGAUGUGCAUGGGAAAAGGAGGCAGUAUAGGGACCGAGAAUCGGGCGGAUUGGGCUGGCCCUGGGAACAAAGUAAAAGCCAUCCGGGUCGACAACCGUCUUCCACUGCAAGAAACAAACCUUCCAGUGGCUGGGCUCCGCCCUUCUCCUUGGUCAGAGCCCUCCAGGCUCCUACGGGCGAAGCCAACACCUCAUCCCUUUGGAACUUGAAGCUGUCAGUCCAAGACCUCCGUGGAGAGUGAAACACAAUGCCGCCUGACCCAGGCUUCAGGCCUGCCCCGGCAGCUAGGUACCUCUCCCUCUCCCCUUGAAAUCCUCAAAGGGCAGUUCCCGAUUUCUAUCACCUUUGACCUUUGAAAUUCAUCCCUGAUGUCUUCUCCAUCUUUGGGAAGUGCAAUGCAAUUUCAAGCUCUUGAAUCUUCCCUCUCCCACAUUUGUCAAAUAUACUGAUGCUACAAACUCCUUUCUUACAGGAAGCCUCAAACUGCCAUUGAGCAGAAGGAAAACAUCCCUUUCCAGAACCUUUCUUGUUUUUCUAAAAAUCUGCACUUUUGGAAGUGAUCCCCCAGAGACCUCCAGACUCUACCAUGAGUGUCUCCAGCUGAACUCAUCAUGUCUAAUCCUCACCCUAGCUUAUCCUGUUCAAAUCAUUUCCAUCUUUUUCUGGAUGAACCUGGGCGAAUGUCAGACCAGAGAAGAGCACAGAAUGUACCAGAGAGCUGCCAUGUCCUGUGGAGAGCCUGGCAUGAACAGAGGCCUUGCAGAGAACUGAAGCCUUCAGUCUAAGAGCCAGGGAGGAACUGAAUUCUGUCAAGAACCACUUGAGUGACCUUGGAAGCAGAUCCUUCCCCAUUGGAGCCUUGAGAUUAAAGCCACCUUACCUGACAACUCGAUAGGAGCCUUAUGGGGUCUCGCUAUGUGCUCAGGCUGGCCUCAAACUCCUGGGUUCAACUCCUCCUCCCCAACUUGGCCUCCCAAAGUGCUGAGAUUACAAGCAUGAGCCACCGCGCCCGCCCACAUCUCUUCUUACAGAGCAGCCCGACGGCCAUGGAGGCUGAAGAGACGAUGGAAUGCCUUCAGGAGUUCCCUGAACAUCAUAAAAUGAUCCUCGACCGAUUGAAUGAACAGCGAGAACAGGACCGGUUUACUGACAUCACCCUAAUUGUCGACGGACACCAUUUUAAGGCUCACAAGGCUGUUCUGGCUGCUUGUAGUAAGUUCUUCUACAAAUUCUUUCAGGAGUUUACCCAAGAACCUUUGGUGGAGAUAGAAGGUGUUAGUAAAAUGGCCUUUCGCCAUUUAAUUGAGUUCACAUAUACAGCAAAAUUAAUGAUACAAGGAGAAGAAGAAGCCAAUGAUGUAUGGAAAGCAGCAGAGUUUCUACAAAUGCUAGAAGCUAUCAAAGCCCUUGAAGUCAGGAACAAAGAAAACUCAGCUCCAUUAGAGGAAAAUACCACAGGAAAAAAUGAGGCCAAAAAAAGGAAGAUUGCAGAAACUUCAAAUGUUAUCACUGAGUCGUUGCCAUCUGCAGAAUCAGAACCUGUUGAAAUUGAGGUAGAGAUUGCCGAAGGCACCAUUGAAGUGGAAGAUGAAGGCAUCGAAACAUUAGAGGAAGUGGCUUCUGCCAAGCAGUCCGUAAAGUACAUACAGAGCACAGGUUCCUCUGAUGAUUCUGCUCUAGCACUGUUGGCAGAUAUUACCAGCAAGUACCGUCAAGGUGACAGAAAAGGGCAGAUAAAAGAAGAUGGCUGUCCAUCUGACCCCACGAGCAAACAGGUAGAAGGUAUUGAAAUUGUGGAACUUCAGCUGUCACAUGUGAAGGACUUGUUCCAUUGUGAGAAAUGUAACCGUUCAUUUAAAUUGUUUUACCAUUUUAAGGAACACAUGAAAUCACACUCCACUGAGAGUUUCAAGUGUGAAAUAUGCAAUAAACGAUAUCUUCGAGAGAGCGCAUGGAAACAGCACCUAAAUUGUUACCACCUUGAAGAAGGUGGAGUCAGUAAGAAGCAAAGAACUGGGAAAAAAAUUCACGUAUGUCAGUACUGUGAGAAACAGUUUGACCAUUUUGGACAUUUUAAAGAACAUCUUCGAAAACAUACAGGUGAAAAACCUUUUGAAUGUCCAAAUUGUCAUGAACGAUUUGCUAGAAAUAGCACUCUCAAAUGUCACCUCACUGCAUGCCAAACUGGAGUAGGGGCAAAAAAAGGAAGGAAGAAGCUCUACGAAUGCCAGGUCUGCAACAGUGUGUUUAACAGCUGGGACCAGUUCAAAGAUCACUUGGUAAUACACACUGGAGAUAAACCCAACCAUUGUACUUUAUGUGAUUUGUGGUUUAUGCAAGGAAAUGAAUUAAGGAGGCAUCUCAGUGAUGCUCACAAUAUUUCAGAGCGUCUAGUAACAGAAGAAGUUCUUUCAGUAGAAACACGUGUGCAAACUGAACCUGUAACAUCAAUGACUAUUAUAGAACAAGUUGGGAAGGUGCAUGUGCUACCAUUGCUUCAGGUUCAGGUGGAUUCAGCACAAGUGACUGUGGAACAAGUCCAUCCAGAUCUGCUCCAGGACAGCCAGGUGCACGAUUCACACAUGAGUGAGCUUCCCGAGCAGGUCCAAGUGAGUUAUCUAGAAGUGGGCCGAAUUCAGACUGAAGAAGGUACUGAAGUACAUGUAGAGGAGCUGCAUGUUGAACGGGUCAAUCAAAUGCCAGUGGAAGUACAAACUGAACUUCUAGAAGCAGAUUUGGACCACGUGACCCCAGAAAUCAUGAACCAAGAGGAGAGAGAGUCUAGCCAAGCAGAUGCUGCUGAGGCUGCCAGGGAAGAUCACGAAGAUGCUGAGGAUUUAGAGACCAAGCCAACAGUGGAUUCUGAAGCAGAAAAGGCAGAGAAUGAGGACAGAACAGCUAUGCCAGUUUUAGAAUGAAAUUACACAUGAAUAUAUUUUUUAAUUUACUUGUUGGGUUUUUGAACUGAUUAUGGGCAGUAUGACUGUCCUUAAGCCUAACAGACAAGUGGACCAAAGUUAAGCUGUUUCCUGUUGUGCUGAACUGUUUCUGUUGAAACACAUUGAUUCCCCUCCCCCUACUUAAUGCCACAGUGGAGGGAUCUUUUCCAUAACUGAAGGGGAGUUUUGAGAAGUAUAUUUCUGGAAACUUAAAUGGAUUAUAUUCUUAUUAUAUAGUUGGGUACGAAUGUAUCUAUUUUCAUUGUGGUAAAAGUUCUUCCUUUUCUCUUUCCCAGGUCAUGUUCUUCCUCAAAUUUUUUCCAUAUUGUAAAAUCACAAACUUAAAUCAUUAGAAUACAAGUUUAUGUAUUCUAAUGCAUGUUAGAAAAUUGAAUAAUAUAGGAAACACAAGGCUGCAUGAUGAAAAGUGCAUCGUUACUGUGCAGUUAAAUUUUGGCUUCUGGCUUUCUUUAGUUUGAACAACGUUCUUGUCUACCCCAGUAGUCACAGAUGCCGUCUCUGCAACAGAAAGAGUGGUGGUGGCAAAAUUUCUAGAAUGUUUAAAAAAAAAAAAAAAAAAAAAAAUCCACACCCAUGUGCCUUCUCAGAACCAACUGAACUUCUGUAAAGCAUCUCUGGUUCUUUCAAAGUUUGUGUUGUAAGGAGCAAUGUAGAUGAUGCUAUAAUACUUUAUAUUUUUGCUUAUAAUGACAACCACCAAGUUCUUUUUCACUUAGGUUAAGAAAUUUUAUUUAAUGGCCACUGAAGGGCCAUUUUCAAUUGGGAAAAUUUAUUUAUAUCUGUGGUAAACUUUAUUUUGAUGAAAAGUUGCACUAGUAUUUUACCACCAGAUGAAAAAAAGGUGAGCAGCAUUUAAAAAUUAAUGUAUUUAAAAUAAAGUACUGAGAAAGACAUGUAUAUAAUUAUCAGGCUUUGUUUUGAAUGGAAUCUUUUCCCCCGAUCCUUAAUGUAAAGAUCUUGUGCUAUAACUUUUAAAGCCAUACAAAUAAGAGUGCUAAACUGUGGACUUAAAAGUAGGUGUGUAAAUAUUUUUAAUCAGUAUUACUUGGAAAAUAAAAUAUAACAAACACAUAAA